GUCAAUGGUGAACGAUGAUUCUAAACGGCAUCCCGCUUGCUUUGAUUGCUUCCUUGAUGGUAUCGAUGGCUACGGCUGCCUUUGAUGCCAGUCAGCUGAAAAUCGAUUACCAGGGUGAAUUUUCGUGGACAUUUUUGGGAAACGCUUCCAACGGAUACAAGGACAAUAUUGUCGUUUCACCGUAUUCGAUAAGGCGAUUGGUGACCAGUCUAACAAACAUUACAGAAAGAAGCAAUGGAAUUACCAACGAAUUGAGAAAUGCAUUAAACUUGAUGAUUGUUCCAGCAAUCCAACAAAGAUAUUACGAACAGAUGAAGCGACUUAAUCGUGGCGGAGAUUUAAUAAUGGGUUCUUCGCUUGUUGUUUACAGUCCCAACGCAAUAUCUGCUGGCCUAAGCACUAUUGCGAAUCGAUACGGCUUAAAAUUGGUACAAACGAGUGAUAAAAUCAGUGCAUUUACUCCGAUAAACAGUGCCAUCAGUGAAUUGACUAAGGGGAAAGUUAUAGCGUUUACGAAUCGUUUCGAAUACGAUUUCUGGCCCUUUUCACUGAUGGAUUACAUGCAGUACAGUGGACUGUGGAAAUAUAACUUUAACGGUGACCCCACGGUCUGUCACUUCUAUACCGAUGCGAGAACGAAAACUCUGAGUAAAUUUGUAACCGUGGAGGCCAUUUUGAAGUAUGGUUCAUUCUCAGAUUUGAACCUGAAAGCAGUGGAACUUCCUUUGGCUGAGUCAAGUGCUUUGAGUUGUAUUUUUCUGUUGCCACUAAACAAGCAAUCUCUAAAUAGUGUUAUGAAAAACUUCAAUCAUAACAAUUUUCGAGAUAUUUUGAAAGGCCUAACACCUUUGAAAACAUUAGUCACCGUUCCAGAAUUUGAAAUACAGUCAACAACUCUGGCCAAAAAUGUGUUGAAAAGCAUGGGUCUUCCUAAGGCAUUUGAUGAAAAAAUAUACAAAAUUUAUCAGGAUGGUCGUGAACAAAUCGGAGAAAUUAUUCACAAAGCCAAAUUCACCAUGCACGGCAACGGUACAAUGGAUACAACAGGUGAAGAGUUGUUAUCCAGAGAUAUGGGAAAACAAUUUUUGGCAAAUCAACCCUUCGUUUAUGUGAUUUUUGAACGAACCGAAUCGAUGCCAGUUCUGAUGGGUCAUUUUAUGAAACCGACAGAAAAAUUACCAAAAACCGUUAAGGAAUCGACUGAGUCCAGAUGUCAGGUUCCCCCUUUUGAAGGUACUUCAUGGUUUUCAUGGAUGAAGGGAUAAAAGAGUGAUAUGAAUUGAAGAGAGUACUCGAAAACUAAAAAAGCAACCUUUUGUAAGCAAAUAACUUUUGAAUGCAUGUAUAAAUGAAUUUUUCAGUGAAGUUUCUGUUAUAUUAAUUUAACAUGUGCAAUGUUUUGUGACCUUCU